AUGUUUGAUCAAUACAGUAAGAAAAAGAAGAUUGCCAUCAUUGUGGCUAUUGUCGUCCUAGUGUUAAUCGUUAUUAUUGCCAUAAUUGUUGCCACCAGGCCCAAGAAAACUCAUGCUAAGAAGUCCAAGAAGCUCGUUGAGGGCAUCUGCCAACACAUGGACGCUUGUGAAAAUGCUCUUUCUCAGGUGGCCGGGAAGACCAGUGACCCGAGAGAGCUCAUCAAGCUUGCAUUCCAUGAAGCCAUAAAGGACAUGGAUGUCGCGAUAAAGAACACCAGUAUUCUUCAAAAGGCUGCAGGAAAUGACCCUAAAACUAUUGAAGCUUUAAAGGCCUGUAAUAAUCUUCUAAACAACUCGAAUGGUGAUCUCAAGAAGUGUGCAGAUAAGCUUGACACUGUAGAGUUUGGAAAAUUGAUUACCUUUUAUAAAGACUUCAAGAGAUGGAUUGGUGGUGCUGUCAAGAACCAACAGGCUUGCUUGAAUGGUUUCAAGAACAUUGCUGGUGAUACUGGAGAGAAAAUGCAGGAGAUGUUGAAGACGCCGAUGGAGCUCACCAACAAUGGCCAAACCAUGAUCAAGGGACUGGCCACGGUCUUACCGUCUUUAGACAAUCUCGGUUUGGGCCGGCGACUACUUUUCGUUCAGCACGAAAUUUUGUAA